AUGGAGACAAUCAAGCAUGAGGACGAAGAAGGGACGCAUGAUCGUCAAUACAGGCCCCGGCCACCCUUGGCGAUGCCAGGUACAUAUCUCCGCGAUAUCAAAUACCUCAUCAAUGCGAUGAACAACAACGAAAUCGAUGUCAACCCGGAUUAUCAACGAGAGGUCGUCUGGACGGCCGAUCGAAUGUCGCAGCUAAUUGACUCCCUGAUGGAGAACUUCUAUAUUCCACCGAUCAUCAUAAAUAGGCAAACCAAUCAAGACACCGGGAAAUCCAAUCUCGUCUGUGUAGAUGGAAAGCAAAGGCUCUCAUCCGUCAAGGCUUUUGUGCAGGGAAUAAUCCCCUGUCAAGACCAUCGCGGUGAAAAAUGGUGGUUCCGCAAUGCACACGUCCAGGGAAGGAAUAAGAACGUCCUAACAGAGGCUGCGCAGAAAGAAUUUCUAAACAAGGACUUUGUCACAUUCGAAUACACGGACCUCCGACCAGAGCAGGAAGAAGAUCUAUUUGCCCGCGUGCAGAUGGGAAUGCCAUUAUCAGCGGCCGAGAAAAUGCGUGCUCAAUCGGGUCCAUGGCAAGAGCUAGCGCGACACUUUUGCAACGACUUUCCGCUCAUAUACUCUCUUCAAAAGGAUCGAAUGCGAGCCAAGGACUUCCAGUUGACGCUUUCAUGCUUCAGUCAGAUAGUGGAAGUUCAAAAUCCGACCCCAGCGGAUGGAAUACCGAUUCACAAAACAAACCACAGUCAUCUGCCAAAACUGUUAAAGAAGACGGACUCCAUCGAUGAUGACCUCAAGUCACAUCUGGCAAGCGUUUGGAAAACCUUGCAAGAUCUCAUCGAGUUGGAUUCAGAUACCUUCACCAAUGCGGACAGGAGGCUUAAGGGUGUGCAGACCUUCGCCCCUGUAGAGAUGGUGGCGGUCGCAGUGCUCAUCUCGGUACACUCCGAGACGCGCAAUCAUAGGCUUCUCCUUGAGGAUAUACGAUCCCUUCGCGACAACCUGCGCGCGAACUUCAACGAUUUACGUAUGAACAACUAUUUGUGGAAGGCCAUUUGGUCUUUCAUCGGGGAUCUAGACAAGAUUCGACCCGCGGGAGAGGAUAGGUUGGCUCGAGUACAGUCCGGCUCCCGGGCGCCACAUUCAGGGUCUGCUCGGAUACUAGUUGCAUCAGGUCCUAAGAAGGGAAGACCUACAGCGAGGACGAAACCGCCAACAGUUCUUCCUGGAGCUGGAGGUGACAACAGUAUCGUUGUCAAUCCUAAGCCCACGGAGCACACUGACAUUCAGGUACACUCAGACACCUUUACAACAGUCACCACCAAAAGCGACCGAGUUUUCCCUGCGCCUACUAUAGAACCAGAGCCAGAUCUGUCAGAGCCUCGCCCUAGCAAACGUCAACGAACAGGCUCUAACAACAGCACCACAGCGCCACAAGCUUCAGCGGCCUCUUCCGCGUUGGCAUCGAAUGCCCAUGAGAUGGCUUCACGGCCUACAUCCCCCACCACCGAAGCUCGCGCGCUGUCUCCGUUUGCGUCUCUCGACGCUACAGUAGCCACCUCCACCCCUGAAAAGGCUCGUCAACGGCCUGUACCAUCGAAGACUUCAACGUCACGCAACAUGAAGAGGCAGGCGUCCGCUAAAGAAUCUAGAAUUGCCGCGCCUCCUAACAACCCGUUACCAACGCCAGGUUCAACACCCCCUUUCAUGCCUGCAGAAGCGCGCCAAAACCGGAGGUCAUCGCUCGACACUUAUCGUGCUCCAAUCGCGCCGAUGGGCUCGGGCCUUACUUUGAGAACUUCAGUGCCGGUGACAUCGAGUCAGGCGAUGCUGCCGUUCAAUCCUCAGAUCACGGCUGCUUCACCGUCUAUUUUCAGGCCUGAUACAGCCUCUCCGGUAACUACGCAAACACCAGCGCCUUUUAGGCAAGGCCCGUGGCAGUGCUCAGUCCAGACCAAUAGGGAAGCUUCGACCCCAUCUAAGAAACAAUGCACUCAGCCAAACAGACAAGGAUACAAGCAGAUUCUAAUGGAUGAGCCGCGAAAACCAUGGUCGUUUGUUAGUGGACCAUUUCAGCCACCCACCCAGACUGAAAAAUUGGUACCAACAGCCUCAGCGGCCCCUGGCGCUGCAGCAAAGGCCUCGCGGAUUGCCGGGAAACAAAAGCAAAAAUCGAUACCACAGUAUGAUGGUGCAGUUAUCGACCUGACCGAAGACGAACCCGAGACCAUUGAGACACAGCGCGCAAACCUGUUGUCGACGUUCCAAAAAGAGUCUCAACGCGCCAACCAUUAA